CUCCGGGACGUCAAGAUGCUCGUGGAGGGAAAGCCGCCGCCUCAGCAACCCGGAGGGCGGGCUCGAGCCCGGAAGCAGGCGCUGCCGCCCUGCUCUGGCCUCUCUAUGGCUCUGGAGGGGGAGCCCCCCGCCCUCCCCUCCCGUCGGCCCCUGCGCGGAGGCGGCGGCGGCGGCCGGGAUGAUCCACGAGCUGCUGCUGGCGCUGCGCGGCUACACCGGCGGCCUCUUCGUGGUGGGCGGCGGCGGCGGCGGCGGCGGCCUGCAGGUGUCGCAGGAGCUGCCCUUCCUGCACCCGAGCGAGGCCGGCCUGCUGGGCCGCAUCCUGCGCCUGGGCAGCUUCUACCUCCGCUUCAGCGAGUUCAGCGAGGAGUUCGCCGGGCAGGUCCAGCCGCUGCUGCCGCCCCCCGCCCCGCCGCCGCAGCCCCCGCCGCAGGUGGGCUCCCCCCCCGCCCCGGGUCGCGACAGCCCUGCCAGGAGCCUCCCCCUUCCCAGCAAGGGAUCUACCUACGGGCCUUCUGCACCGGGCUGGAUGCGGUCCUGAGGCCCUAUCGGCAGGCGCUGCUGGACUUGGAGCAGGAGUUCCUGGCUGAUCCUCACCUCACCAUCUCACACGUGAACUAUUCGCUGGACCAGUUUCAGCUGCUUUUCCCCUCCUUGAUGGUUGUGGUGGAACAGAUAAAGACUCAGAAGAUUCAUGGCUGUCAAAUCCUGGAGGUCACCCACAGAUACAGCCGGGGGGGGUUGCCGCCUGUGCGCAGCGCUCUCGAGAAGGUCCUGGCCAUGUGCCAUGCUGUCAUGUACAAGCAGCUCUCGGCCUGGAUGCUGCAUGGGCUGCUCCUGGACCAGCACGAGGAGUUCUUCAUCAAGCAGGGUCCUUCUUCGGGGACUGUCUCUGCCCAGCCGGAAGAGGAUGAGGAUGAUUUGGGCAUCGGGGGGCUGACAGGGAAGCAGCUGCGAGAGCUCCAGGAUAUGAGGCUGAUCGAAGAGGAAAAUAUGCUGGCCCCUUCUCCAAAACAGUUCUCUCUGCGAAUCGAGAUGUUGCCUUCCUACAUCCCUGUGCGCGUUGCAGAGAAAAUCCUCUUUGUGGGCGAGUCUGUCCAGAUGUUUGAGAGUCAGAACAUGAGCCUUACCAAGAAAGGCUCUAUCUUGAAGAACCAGGAGGACACCUUUGCUGCUGAGCUGCAUCGCCUCAAACAGCAGCCUCUCUUCAACCUGGUGGACUUUGAGUCUGUCGUCGACUGGAUCCGGAGCACUGUGGCUGAGCACCUGUGGAAGCUAAUGGUGGAAGAAUCAGAUUUAAUGGGGCAGCUGAAGAUUAUUAAAGACUUUUACCUCUUGGGGAGAGGAGAACUCUUCCAGGCUUUCAUUGACAUUGCCCAGCAAAUGCUGAAGACGCCUCCCACUGCAGUGACAGAGCACGAUGUGAACGUGGCCUUGCAGCAGUCGGCCCAUAAAGUACUGCUAGAUGAUGACAACCUCCUUCCUCUCCUCCACCUGACCAUCCACUACCAUGGAAAAGAGCACAGAGACGCUGCUCAGGCUCGUGAAGCACCUUCUCGGGAAUUGUCUCCCCACGAAUCCCCGACGUCAGGCUGGGCCGCUCUGGGGCUCUCCUACAAAGUUCAGUGGCCGCUACACAUCCUCUUCACGCCGGCCAUUCUGGAAAAGUAUAAUGUGGUGUUCAAGUACUUGCUGAGUGUGCGGCGAGUCCAGGCUGAGCUGCAGCAUUGCUGGGCUCUGCAGAUGCAGUGCAAGCGCCUGGAAUCCAACCGGACCGAUGCCAUCAAGUGGCGCCUGCGCCAUCACAUGACUUUCCUGGUGGACAAUCUGCAGUAUUACCUGCAGGUGGAUGUCCUGGAGUCCCAGUUUUCACAGCUGCUCCAACAGAUCAACUCCACUCGUGACUUUGAGAGCAUCCGACUGGCACACGAUCACUUCUUGAGCAACCUCCUGGCCCAGUCCUUCAUUCUGCUGAAACCAGCGUUUCAUUGCCUGAAUGAAAUCCUAGAUCUCUGCCACAGCUUCUGCUCACUGGUCAGCCAGAACCUUGGACCUCUGGAUGAGCGGGGUACCAUUCAGCUGAGCAUCCUGGCCAAGGGCUUCAGCAGCCAGUCUUCCCUUCUGUUCAAGAUCCUCUCCAGCGUCCACAACCACCAGAUCAAUUCAGACUUGGCUCAGCUGCUGCUGCGGCUGGACUACAACAAGUACUACACCCAGGCUGGAGGCACUUUGGGCAGUUCUGGUGCAAGAUCAACUUCCGGUCUUUCUGGUACUUGGAGCGGCAAGGAGACUGGAGCCCAACCAGCGAGAGUCUUGCCUUGCCAUGGGAUGGGCCUUUACCGCUUCAGCAGAUCUUGUCCACCCCUUUCCAGCACAUUUUUCUGUAGCCAGCUGGCUAGAAAAUUGCUCCUCUCUUUAAAAGACAGCUGAAAUUUAUUCCCAGGAAGCUGAAUUCCGCAGAACUGUGC